AUGCAGAUAAGCAAUUAUGCUGGCUUUUGGUUCAUCAUGCUCUUCGUCUCCAUCUUCACAACUGGAAUCCUAGAACUAAGAUGGAGCGGUGUAGGAAUCGAAGAUUGGUGGAGAAACGAACAGUUUUGGGUCAUCGGUGGCACAUCAGCCCAUCUCUUUGCUGUCUUCCAAGGACUACUAAAAGUCUUAGCAGGAAUCGAUACCAAUUUCACCGUUACAGCCAAAGGUUCAGAUGAUGAUGAAGACUUUGCAGAGCUCUAUGUUUUCAAGUGGACAACCCUUCUUAUACCUCCAACUACUGUACUUGUUGUCAACAUGGUGGGUAUAGUUGCAGGAGUUUCUUAUGCCAUUAACAGCGGAUAUCAAUCUUGGGGUCCUUUAUUUGGAAAGCUAUUUUUCUCGAUAUGGGUUAUUGUUCAUCUUUAUCCUUUCCUUAAGGGUUUGCUUGGACGACAGAAUAGAACGCCGACAAUUGUUAUCGUUUGGUCUAUUCUUCUUGCUUCCAUAUUCUCACUGUUGUGGGUGAGGAUUGAUCCAUUUACUUCUGAUAGCCAGAAGGCUGCAGCAAGGGGACAAUGUGGCAUCAAUUGUUGAUGAUGGAUAGAGACUAAAAUCACGUUUUCCAUUUCAUCAUUUAUUUAAUUGUUGCUGUGGAGUAUCAAGAACAAGAAACAAAAUGCUUUGUUGUAGUUAUAUUUAUUUGGAGUAAUGUAAAUUUAUUUGGAGCCUAUGGAUGAUGUAUCGCUAAGGUUUUUUUUUCCUCUUUCUUUUUUGGGGCAUCUCAAUUUCAUGGUAUGUAGAUUAUAUUCAUUGAUUUGCUCCCUCGGGUGUUUCAAGAUUGUAAGCAUUUUGUUUUAGUUAUAUUGGAUAUGGAGUUGUAAAUUGAUAAGGAGUAUAUUAAUGAUGUAUUGUUAAGAGUUUGUUUGUUGCU